AUGAUGCUCGACGAGAGAUUUCAAGAAGAGUUUAUUCUUGGUAAUAAAGCAAUCGCUGGUCCUUGUCUGCACGGGGGCAUUUGCGUCAACGAUCCGCCAGCGGGUUAUUUUUGCCUUUGCUGGGGCUUGGAAGGUGUUCACUGUGAAAUAACGCCUUGUACAACAGAUGAGCCUUGCCAACAUAAUGGAACAUGUACAACUCCGCCUAGAACGACGGAUUACGAAUGUUCCUGUCAAGACGGUUAUUCUGGAGAAGAUUGCGAAAUAACGCCCUGCUCGUCGAAUCCAUGCGCCGAUCCGUUUGUCUGUUCGCUCGAUGGGCCGAAUUUCAAUUGCGUCUGUCCCGAUGGUUUUACAGGAGCGAACUGUGAUGAAGUCGUGACAACAACAACGAUAUCGAUGUCUUCAAGCUCUCAACCAGCCCCUUCAACGACAGCAGCUCCGCCAGAAAUGGGGUCAACAACUUCUCCUGGAAUAGCUUCUACAACGUCACCGGGAGCUGUUUCUUCGACUUCGGCGGUUGUCUCCUCCACUACUGGCAGUGCUUCGUCAACAACAGGAGGAAUUAUCUCCUCGACAUCCAAUACAAUAUCUUCAACCUCAAACUCAAUAUCUUCAACGACAAGCUCGAUUUCUACAGCUCCUCCUGCUUCCGGAAUUCCACCACUUUUCGACUGGAUCGCCUGGCGACUUGGAGCGAAUUUUCAGCCAGAUGUCGUAAAUGAUCUUCUCGGAGCAUAUGGUUGCGCCAGUCGCGGAUUCCCGAAUGAUCCUUUUGGCCUCGGAUCGGGAAGACCAGUUGAUGGAGUGGACAAGGUCUUGCUCAGAUGGAAGAAAUGCAUCAGAUGUGCGAUGAGCGUGGAGUUUGAUGGAAGGACACAAGUUCCGGAUUACAUUUGGCCGGCGAAUGAAAUCUGCGAAAUGGGCGGCUUGGAGGAGGAAAUUUGUGAAUGCGACAAACAGGUCGCUACGGCGCUCCUUGAAUUUCAAGAUUCAAAUGGGGAACUCCAAGCUCCAAACAACAAUUUCGAUCUUUCACAAUGCUUCAGAGGCCCCGGAGAUGGCGAUGGAGGCGACGGAGACAAGGAGGAAUUUUGCUGCAAGAAAAGAGAUGGAGCUUUUCAGAUGUACAACGCGAAUAGAUUUUGCUGCGAGUUUGAAAAUUUACAAGUCGCCGGGUCUUGCGUUUUUGAUGAAGGAGUCAUUUAUCGACCAGAAUUUUUCGUAUGA